UUUCAGUUCUUCUUCCUGUUGGUGUGCCUUUUCGCCUGUGAGGUAGCUGCUGGGAUCUGGGGAUUUAGUAACCGAGACACAAUCUCCAAGGAGAUGAUCAACUUCUACGAUGCGGCGUACAUCAAGUCAGUGGACAUCGUAGACUCUUCCAGCAAAACAGCUGCUAUCAAGGUCCUGGAAGUGUUCCACGAGACGCUGGACUGCUGUGGUAAAGGAGAUGACUCCCCCUUAUUCAAACAAGUAGCCGGAACUCUGUGUCCCAAGAAGACCCAGGACGAUGCCUUGUUGAAACCUCAGAGCUGUCAUCUGAAGCUGAAGGACCUGUUCUCUGAGAAGCUCUGCCUGAUUGGUCUAGCUGCCCUGGUGGUCGCUGUCAUCAUGAUCUUUGAGAUGAUAUUCACCAUGGUUCUCUGCUGUGCGAUCCGCAACGCCACCCCGGUGUACUAGAACCACAGAACCGUAAUAGAACCACAGAACGACGGAACCAUGGAAUCAUAGAACCACAGAACCAUAUUGGAGGGGGAAAGUCCUCUACAGAUCAAAGCCAACAAAGGGGAUACAAAUGUUAUGUUAUGUUUUGUGUUGUAGUUCUUUUUAUGAUUUGUGUUGUAGUUCCUUUUAUGUUUUGUGUUGUACUUCCUGUUAUGUUUUGUGUUGUA